AUGAUGGGAUAGUAGAGAACUCACAUCAAUUUGGAAAAUAUUAGGGAUGACGGAAUAGUAGAGAACUUUGAGAUUCAAGUAUUUAAAUAAGACAAAGUUAAGAAUAAAGUUGAAUGAAAAUUCGGCCGUUGCCGAAUUCCAUGUGGGAACUUACGGGAAGAGAGACGUGUCAAUUUCUUAUGCUUGCGACAUACGUGUCCACAGUAUACGCAUAUCUACAUCCACAUCUAUUUUUCUUUCAUUUAAUUGAGAGAAUCAGAACAAACUUAUAAACUAACUGCUAAACAAUAUUAUUUUGUAAAAGGAAGCAUCGAUCAAUAAUCAUGGGAGAAGGCCAAGAAACAAAGACAAGAGAAGAGCCCAAUGUGGAGAUUCUGGAAAGAGGAGAAAUAUUCUUCUUUUAUCGCCCUAAAGUUGAGAGAGAAGAAGCACAUGGCCCUCAAGAUGUGCAACGCCUCUACAUCGUUUUGCAACCGGAAUCCGGCGAAAGACCCAUCGAACAAAAACAAGAUACCGAUUCCAGCCAACACGGCAGCAGCCAGGAAAUAAAUAUUGAGAAGCAAAUGCUGCUGCGAUUCAUAGUGAUGGGACGUAAAAGCCUCCCGGAUCCUAGCAGCAAGAGAGGUAGACCAUACUGGGGUUUCGUCGAAAUGGUUACGACAAAAAGCGAAGAUAUUAAGCUGGCUCUCAAAGGAGAGGAGUAUGAUACAGCAACAAGAGGCAACAGCCACAAACCUCCUGCAAGGGCGUUGGCCGAAGGCAUAUAUCGGAUUUUACGACACAAUCGAGGAGGGAAAAGAAUGCACACCCAUUUGGUUUACAAGCUUGAAUAUCCACCCGAAGAUGAGAAGAACGAAGCGCAAGAAUCGCUUAACAUUGAGCGUGAAGGUUCGUUUCUGAUACAGAUAAAGAAUCCAGAUCAACACGGUUCAGAGUUCCGAGGACUUGAGAGUAAGAGGAAGGCUACUUUUCCAGCACAUUUGCAAGGACAAUUUGGUAAUUUGCGAUACCACACAGCUGAUCCACCCGAUUUUCUCAACUAUGAAGGAUGUGAGUUUCUGUUGAUAUCAGCUUCUGAUGAUAUUGAAGAAGAACUGGGGUUGCAACUGGAAACGGAGAUAGAUGCACAGAAACAGAAUCAACAUGAUGCUAGUUGCUCUGAUUUGGUUAGAACUUUUGGAGAGACGGCUUCUACCCGUGCCUUUCUCAAAGGCACCUGGGUUUAACUAUCCCUCGUAGACGGAGAGGGGAAAAGGUAUGUGAGUGACGUGUAAGCAGAGCCGGUCCUGUGUUUGAGGGGCCCUGAGGCGAAUGAUGAAAAUUAGGCCCCCCAUCGACAAAAUUCAAAGGUGUAUUAUGUGACUUAUUGCUAACUUAAAAAACUAACAUUAAAACAACAACGAAAUAUAUCAUAGAAACGAU